AUGGCCUCAGAGGAAAUCACCCACGAUCAAACCAUUCCAUUCCAUAUUUGGGAUGAUGUACCUUACGCCCGGGCAAUCUGUCUCAAUGUGACUUUGCGCUUCGAUGAAAUCUUUGAUCAUGUCAAGUUGAACGAGUCCUUGGCGCAACUCUUUCAGGACAAAGAUUGGCGCAAGUUGGGAUCUCGCGUACGUCAAAAUAAAUCCGGCAAACUCGAAUACCAUCUCCCUGUUGAAUUCACCAACGAUCGACCAGGCUUCGUCUUCACAACAGCCCACCAUGAAACACCCAUUUCCUCCCACCCACUGGCGUCCCAGAUGCCCUCCAGCCAGAAAACCUCGGAGAUUCUCAUCCUCGGCCGCAUGUCCAUCUUCAACUCAAUCACCAGACAUCCCAAUACCCCCAGCGUACUCGCGGACUAUCUCUCCGCCGACGUGCCCCAACUCUUCAUCCACAUCGUGACCUUCACAGAUACGACCCUCCUCACAAUCACAUUCCCACAUACCAUCUUCGACGCCAUGAGUCUCUCAUACUUUUUGAAAUCCUGGACAUCCAUCCUCGCCGGCCAAAAGGACCAAGUGGCCCCCUUCCUCGGCUUCAGCGAGGACAUCUUCGCCGCAAAAUCAACGGCAGAUUACAUCCCCGCCGAAGAACACGUCUGCUACCAACAGACAUGCAGCAAAUGGACCCUGGGCCUCUACGCUCUCUGUCGCGAAUGGGAAGUCUUCUGGUACCCUCAAGUCGAAGACAGAGCCAUCGUCAUUCCGCACCUCUACGUCCAGCGCUUACGGGAAAAAGCCCUCGAGGAAAUUCAAUCCACAUCGACAGAUCCCCGCGAGUCCCCCUUCGUCAGCGAAGGGGAUAUCAUACUCGCAUGGAUGUGCAAAGCGCUCGGGAUCGCAAUGGACGCAUCCCCCUCCACCCCAGUCUGUAUCUCGAAUGUCUUUGACGCCCGUGCGAUACUAGGCAUCUCCCAGCAGGGAGCGUAUAUUGGGAAUGGAACUAUGCCAUGCUGGACAAUUCUCAAAGCCGGUGAUCUCCAGGAAGAUUCGGUCAGUGCGUUGGCCCUGCGAGUCCGUCGCUCAUUGCUGGACCAACGUGAUAAAGCCCAGGUUUGUGCGAUGGACUCGAUGCGGAGAAAGGCCGUGAAGGAGACGGGAUUUUUGCCGCUGGUGGGGGAUCCGCACCAAAUCCCGAUGAUGUGUACGAAUUGGUAUCGGGCGAGACUGUUUGAUCUGGACUUUGCCGGGGCAAGAGUGGACGGUGGGUUGAAGAGUAGUGAGAGGCCGUGUCGACCCAAGUAUAUUAACAAUGCAGGACCGGAUCCGUUGGGGCCAAGGUCUGUGAGGAAUUUCUUCACUGUGCUGGGGAAGGAUGGGGAUGGGAAUUGGUGGUUCCAGGUGAUAGCGCGAGGGAAAUCAUGGGAGAAGAUAGAGAAGACUCUUCGUGGACUGGCAGUGGAUAUAGUAUAG